CGGGCGUUGGUGGGCAAGACAGCAGCCAGGAAUGCGUGGAAGAAUGGGCCGGCGGUGAGGGUGCGCGCUGCAAGGGAAGCCGUCAGGAGGGCUGAUGGAAUAUGGAAAGCCCUUGAAGUGAAAGUCGGCCGAGCGCACGCGCAAUGGUGAGAAGAAAAGCGGAGGAGAGGAGAAGAUAUGCACGCUGGCUUUGGGCGGGUGGACAGUUGCGUGUGUUGAUAAGCGGUACGGGAUCGAUUGCGGCAAGGAUAAGAGUGUUGACGUGGCAACGGCAUCGGCGGCGCGAGUCAGGACACGGCUGCGAGCCCUGCGCGAUGCGGUGGCGCUAGAAUUUCGCGAACCCGGUCAGUGCGGCUUUUCUCCAUGGUAGACGAGCGUGUCGGGACAUUGAUUCUAUUGAGACGCUUUCCUUUUGCGACCAGCCACGUCCCGUCGUCAUGUUGCGCCAGGCCGUCCGUGUGUGUCCGUUCUGCGAAGUCCGCGCCCUGCUCGGGCCCCCCCAGUACCACCAGACGAGACUGUACACGCAGGCCCAGCGCGAGCGAGGCAUCCAGCGCGGCCCUUCACAAGCCCGCCCUCGUACAGGCCCAGCGCCGCCCAGAGGCCGCGAUGGCUCCAGACCCGCGCGCAUGGUCCUCUCAGAGACGGUCGAUCGCCCGCCGCCGCCCUCGACAGCAGACGGAAAGCCCGCACGCAGGAAGCAGGAUGCCUUUGCCCACCUCAACCGCACGCGGGCACCGCCCAUCCUCGAGAGAACACGGGACCAGCGGGCACGAAGCAACGACAGGCCAACGGGGCGCGACGACGGCAAGCGCAGGACCAGGUCCGAGCCGUUCCACGCCCUCAAGAUGCAGAGCACCCUACACGAAGUGCCGUACGGGUCGCGCCAGGCCAUCAAGCACAAGAUUGAGCAAUACGACGCCUUCACCAAGAUGCCCCUCUUAGACACCGUCCAGGCCGCCGUCAAAGACGCCCUGCCCGCCCUCGAGUACCGCAACCCCACGCCCGCCCAGUCCGUCGCCAUCCCCGCCCUGCUGGGCCUGCAGGCCAAACGACGCACCAGGACACCAUCGAAGAAGUCUGGCCACGAGUCGUUCCUGCUCGCCGCUGAGACUGGCUCCGGCAAGACGCUCGCCUACCUGCUCCCCACGCUCGAUGCCAUCAAACGCGACGAACUGCAGGAGAAAGAGGAGGCCGAGGAGCAGGCAGCACGCGACGUCGAGGAAGCAGCCACCCAGGCCAAGGACAAGCGCGACGACAUCUUCGCCGUGCCCGACCCCGAGCUCAACAAGGCCGUCGACCCAGCGCGCCCCCGCGCCAUCAUCCUCGUCCCCUCGGCCGAACUCGUCGCCCAGGUCGGCGCAGUCGCAAAGUCGCUAUCCCACACCAUCAAGUUCCGCGCCGCGCCCAUCUCCGCCAAAAUGUCCGCCACCACGAUCCGCAACGGGCUCUUCAACAUCAACGGCGUCGACGUCGUAAUCAGCACCCCACCCCUCCUCGCCAGCAUCGCAGAAAGCAACCCCAACAUCCUCGCCCGCGUCACCCACCUCAUCUGCGACGAAGCAGACUCCCUCUUCGACCGCUCCUUCAAGCCCAGCACAACAGAGGUCCUCGACCGCGCCACCCCGUCCCUCAAACAGCUCAUCCUCUGCUCCGCCACCAUCCCAAAAUACCUCGACAAGUACCUCGCCGACAGAUUCCCCGACAUGCACCGCCUCGUCACGCCAAACCUACACGCCAUCCCGCGCCGCGUCCAGCUCGGCGUCGUAGACGUAAACAAGGACCCUUACCACGGCAACAAGGACCUCGCCUGCGCAGACACAAUCUGGAAAAUCGGCAAAGCAGCAGCCGACUACGAUCCCGCAGACGGCAAGGAAUCAGUCCCCACAAAACGCAUCUUGGUGUUCGUCAACGAGCGCGAAGACACAGAGAAAGUCGCCGCUUACCUCGUCAAAAAGGGCGUCGACGCAAUGGCCUUCCACCGCGACACAGACCCCUCCCGCCAGGCAAAAACACUAGCCACCUUCACCGGGUCGGGACCUACAUCUUCCCCGGAGCAUCAGCAGCCCGCUAAGUCUGAGCUAGGCGGGAAUCGCACGCUCCCCAAUACUAAGGUCAUUGUUACGACAGACCUCGGAUCAAGGGGUAUCGACACCGUCGCCGUGCGCCACGUCAUUCUCUACGACGUCCCGCACACAACAAUCGAUUUUAUCCACCGUUUGGGCCGCACGGGGCGCAUGGGGCGGAGAGGGAGAGGCAUUGUGUUGCUUGGGCCUGGGGAUCGCGCGGAUAUUGUUAGGGAGGUGAGGGAGGCGAUGUAUAGGGGGGAGGCGCUGAUUUGAGACGUUUUAUGGCUUGAUAUGACUUAUGGGAAUGUUGUGUGUAUGAGUAUGUAUGAGUAGAUCUGUGGCUGUAUAAACCCAUGGCAUGACGUUCUAGCAAGGUAGUGUGGCGUCGGAAAAAAAUAGCGUGAACGCGAGUGUUUACUCGCUUACCCUUGUCCCUUCCCUCAACCAACUUCACCUCAGCUCCAUCUUCAGCUCCGGCUUGUUUACACUACACACCAUAUACUAUACACUACCCUGCACCACGUACCACGAAUCCUGUUUCACCCCAAACUUCCCAGUAACCACCCCAGUUCUCACGCUACGGCCUUGUUUCAUGUCCAUAGCCAUGUCAACAAACAAGUCUUACCUUGUAUGUUGUGUAAUGUUUGGGUAAUGUGACGGGGGUGCCUGGUUAGUGUUGAUGUGAGCUAUUUAUAUAUGUGCUCCGUGCGGUGGGGUUGGUUGCUUGGGUGGAUGGAUGGAUGGAUGGAUG